AUGUCGACGACUUCCACCGCGACAGUCGCCGCAUCUGCCAUGGAGCAGCCCACUAGCGUCACCGUUGUCGCAGGCGAGGGCCUGGGCCCGGCGCCGGACACGGCCCAGAGCAAGCCGCACCACGUGCUCAACGCCGACGGCUCCAUCCAAAAAUUCCGCAACCCACACGCCUCCUUUGUCGACGGCCUCGGCCCGGCCGGCUCGCUGGGGCCCCUGAGCUUCGUCAAGAUCAUCGGCACGUUUGUGCGCUACCGGUUUGCCGGCAAGCUCCAGACGCCCGACACGACGCCGCCCACCGUCACCGUGCGCAAGCCGACCUUUUUGCCGACGCGCUACCCCGACAACGACCCGACCAAGAAACACCCGCUGCGCGCCACGUGGCUGGGCCACGCGUGCUACUACAUUGAGUUCCCGACGGGGCUGCGCGUGCUGUUCGACCCCGUCUUCGAGGACCGCUGCUCGCCCAUGUCGUUCCUGGGCCCCAAGCGGUUCACGCCCGCGCCGUGCGUGCUGGCGGACCUGCCGGCCGUCGACGCCGUCGUCAUCAGCCACAGCCACUACGACCACCUGUCCGGGCCGUCGGUGCAGACCAUCCGGCAGCACCAUCCGCGGGCGCACUUUUUUGUCGGCCUGGGCCUGGCCGACUGGUUCCGGAGCGCGGGCAUCCAGGAGGUGACGGAGCUCGAUUGGUGGCAGGACGCCGAGGCCACUGUGACGCUGGGGCCGGUGGGGGGUGGUGGCGCGGCCACCAGACCCAAGACGUCGACGUCGACGUCGGCAUCGUCACCCAACACCAACACCAACGUCCCCCCCCUCAAAGCCCUCUUCUCCUGCCUGCCCAGCCAGCACACGUCGGCGCGCUCGCCCUUUGACCGCGACCACACCCUGUGGUGCAGCUGGGCCGUGUCCGCGGGCGGCCGCUCCGUGUACUUUGGCGGCGACACGGGCUACCGCGCCGUCGACCAGGACCAGGAGGACAUUGAGGCCAGCGUCCCGGACCCGACCGACCGCGCGGCCGUCCACGCCGCCGACGACGCCGUCCGCGCCCAGCGGCCCGGCUGCCCCGACUUUGCCCACAUUGGCGCCCUGCGCGGGCCCUUUGACGUCGGCCUGCUGCCCAUUGGCGCGUACAAGCCGCGCACGCUGUUUUCUGGCAUGCACGCCGACCCCGUCGAUGCCGUCGACAUCUUCAAGGACACGCGCUGCCGCCGCGCCAUGGGCAUCCACUGGGGCACCUGGGCGCUGACCGUCGAGCCCGUGCUGGAGCCGCCCGCCAAGCUCAAGGAGGCGCUGCGGCGGCGCGGGCUGCCGGAGACGGGCGUGUUUGACGUGUGCGAGAUUGGCGAGAGCCGCGAGUUUGACUGA